CAUGACUGGACCACCUCCACCGCCACCUCCACCAGCAGCCAAUAUUUUUUAUAUCAUGUCACCAGGUCAUCCACCAUGUCCACCACCACCACCACCUCCUCCUCCACCGCCACCACUGCCACCUCCUGCAGCAAAGCCAGAAAAACCAUCCAGUCCUCCUUUGGUUCAAGCUCGUCCUAACUGGAGCAAUCCACGAAUGGUUACUGGUGAAGGAAAAGAAGUUCAUGAUAUGCAAUGUCAUAUUAUGUAGUUGUCAGUUUCAUGAAGAAGAAGAAAAAAAGAAUUACUUAUUCUCAACCAUCAUAUCAAUACAGUCAUCAUCCAUCAUCAUUAGUCAUGCACCUAUUGUUACGCUAUUUCUUAUCUUCCAUCGUUUCACUUUUUUUUUUUUUCAUCAUUCUUGUACUUCCUGGAUAAAUCAUAUGUUUUUUACGCACAUACAUACUAAAUAUAUAUAUAUAUUUAAACAAUUAAUCAAAUAAAAAAAUUCAUUCUUUAUUCGUU